AUGAAGACCCCAUUUGGAAAGGCGGUUGCAGGGCAGCCGUCUAGGACAGGCACAGAACAUACCAGUGUGUCUGUUACCAUGAUGAAGAGAAAAGCUGCCCACAAGAAGCGUAGGAGCAGGCCCACCUCCCAGCAUCAGAGGAGCAUUGUGGGCUGCAGAAGUCGGCCAGGAUGGAAAGACGGAGAUGAAUCUCUAACACAGUGGAAAGGAACCAUUCUGGAUCAGCUCUUAGAUGAUUAUAAAGAUGGUGACCUAUGCAUCCUUCGAGAUUCCAAUGAUUCUCCUCCUGCAGAGAGAGAACAAGGAGAAGUUGUGGACAGUCUAGCAGGCAAUGUAGAAUAUGCCAAAGAUGAUGGCUCCAAGAGAACUGGCAUGAUCAUGCAACAAGUAGAAACAAAACCCUCUGUGUACUUCAUCAAAUUUGAUGAUGAUUUCCAUAUCUAUGUCUAUGAUUUGCUAAAAACAUGUUAA